UGAGUCAAGACGUCGCCAUAGUAUGAUUUGUAAUUUCGUACGCUACUACACUAGGAAAGCUAGCUGCUCCUCUAAAGGAGCGUUUCCCGUAACAGUAUUUCAUGCUUUUAUCGCAAGAAAAGGUCCUCAUUUAGACCAUGGCUCUAUUUGUUUUUAAUUCGGCAUCAAAGAUGGUUUCAUCUCCGUUAGUAAUAUUACAUUUUAUUCUCAUCUGCGUCACUUUGCAUUGCAACAAUCUGGCCGCGGCUAAAACGAAUCUCAGACCGAACAUUGUUUUAAUCCUUACUGAUGAUUUGGAUGUCUCCAUCGGAGGAAUGAUCCCUUUAGUGAAGACUAAAAAGCUGAUUGGUAAUGCUGGAAUAACCUUUACAAACGCAUUUGUUGCCAGUCCCCUUUGCUGCCCCAGCAGGGCGAGUAUCCUGACAGGCAAAUAUCCCCAUAACCAUCAUGUGGUCAACAACACGCUAGAGGGCAACUGCAGCAGCACAGCAUGGCAGAAGACCCAAGAGCCCGACAGCUUCCCUGCCUUUCUUCAGAAACACGGCACCUAUCAGACCUUCUUUGCUGGGAAGUAUCUGAAUGAGUACGGCAGUAAAAAAGCUGGAGGAGUGGAGCAUGUUCCCCCGGGCUGGGACCACUGGUUCGCCUUGGAGAGAAACUCCAAGUACUACAACUACACGCUGUCUGUGAACGGCAGGGCGCAGCGGCACGGACAGAACUACAGUGAGGAUUACCUUACGGAUGUUCUGGCCAAUAUUUCCAUCGACUUCCUGGAAAACAAGUCUAACCGCAGGCCUUUCUUCAUGAUGGUGUCCACUCCGGCCCCGCACUCACCCUGGACCGCCGCUCCUCAGUACGAGAGCAGUUUUUCCAACAUCAAAGCACCAAGAGACCCUAACUUUAACAUACAUGGGAAGGACAAACACUGGCUCAUCAGGCAAGCAAAGACACCCAUGACAAACUCUUCAGUGGAGUUCUUGGAUAACGCCUACAGAAAAAGGUGGCGCACUUUACUAUCAGUAGACGACCUGGUGGAGAAAGUGGUGAAGAAGUUAGAGGUCAGAGGAGAGCUUAGCAACACAUACGUCAUUUUCACCUCAGACAAUGGUUACCACACAGGCCAGUUUUCUCUUCCGAUGGAUAAGAGGCAGCUCUAUGAAUUUGAUAUCAGAGUUCCUCUGCUGGUGCGAGGGCCUGACAUCAAACCCAACCAGACAAGCUCGUUACUUGUCGCAAAUGUGGAUUUGGGUCCAACAGUUUUGGACAUAGCAGGAUAUAACGUCAAUGAAACUAAGAUGGAUGGGAUGUCAUUUCUUCCUAUCAUGAUCGGUAAAGGGAACAGCAGCACAUGGAGAUCUGAUGUACUGGUGGAAUAUGAGGGAGAAGGAAGCAACAUCUCAGACCCAGCCUGCCCUCUGCUGGGCCCGGGGGUCUCGGAGUGUUUCCCCGACUGUGUUUGUGAAGACUCAUACAACAACACAUACGCCUGUGUUCGUACAGUAUCGCAGGCCGCCAACUUACAGUACUGUGAAUUUGAUGAUAAUGAGGUGUUUGUGGAGGUCUAUAACCUGACAGCAGACCCCUUUCAGUUGAGUAACAUCGCCAAAAGCAUCGAUCAGGAAGUCCUGGAGAAGAUGAACCACCGUCUAAUGAUGCUGCAGUCCUGCUCGGGACAGUCCUGCAGAACACCAGGCGUCUACGACUCAAAGUUUAGGUUUGAUCCUCGGUUGAUGUUCAGCAGCCUCGUCCCUCACAGGAACAAACUGCGACAGACGCUGAAGUAGAGAGUGGAGCGGAUUAACGGAAGAAGACCAAUGGAGGGAAAGAAUAAAGGGCACUGAAAAACAUGCCCUGUUGUUGCCUUUAUAUCCUGACGUUCUCCCAAAGACGCCCAGUUUCUCCUCCUCAGAUGAGGUCAUCAGGGUGCGCCAGGGUACAAAACACACUAGACACUUUCAGACAGGAUGGCCCUCUGACAUCAUUCACAUCAGAUCCUGACACACAUCUGUGAGAACAUUCACAUCAUAUUCCUGUUUGUUCUGAAUUAAUCUUUAUUUUUGCUGCUUUGACUUUAACAAUGACUCCGAAUAUUUCAAAUAUGGUCUUUAUUUUAAUUUUUUUUUCAUGUUUUGAAGAUUUUUUUGUUUUACUUUUGCUUUAAACACACGCACAGUUUUGAACUUUAGCUCGAAUUUUGAGAAAAUUGUUAGAUUAUUUGUUUGUUUGCCAGAUGUGUCUGAAACAUUUCACUUCACAUAAUUGGUCAAAAAAAACAACUAACAUUUGAAUGUUCUUGGCCUUGAUUUCUGAUCUACGCAAGGGUCAAAAGAUUUAUUAUUCUCGUUUAAAAAUGGCAAAUGUUAAAAAGAAAUAAAUUGAGAACAACCACAAUAGAAAUAUAUACAACUGCACACUUGUCAGUCUUUUAUGAUGAACACUUUCAGGCCCAAAAUACCAUAUUUAAUGAAUAUAUUUUUUUAUGCACAAUUUCACUGUUAAAAUAUUCUAUCACCUUUUCAGUUCAUGUCAAUUGCAUAUGGCAGCAAACAAUCUGUGUUUGGACAGACAUUUCACUUGAGUAAUACCACAAAGAAAUUACUUAUUAACCAAGUGCAAAUAUUGUAUUUAGCAUUUCAUUAUUGUCUUUUAACUGUUGUUUUUCUUAUUGUUUCUUGCGUUUUGUUUUUCGAUGGAUGUCAGUUGAGAAUGAGCCAGAGGUGUGGACCAUAUCAUCUGACAUCGUUUAGCCUCAGUUUAGUACAAGAAAACCUUUUUUUUUUUUUGUUCUAUGAGGGAAAUCCUGUGGUUGGGUUGCUUCACAGCAACUCAAACUUGAAGCAUUAAGGGACUGUUUUACUUUCAGACUACUACUUAUCCUUCAACAAUCUUCUGCUGGAAUUGGCAAUAUCUCAAAUCACCCAAAAUGAUCUGAGAAGCGGUGGACAGGCAAAAUAUGUGCGUUUGAAAAGGUCUUUCUCACAAUACUUCAAUAUAUCCGUUCAGUGAAGCACUUUCCAGUCUGUGAUCAACAUGUCUGACAUGUUUUGCACAUAAUUCUUUCAUUAUAUUUGUUAGUAGCAUUGCUAUGGUUGGUGUGGACUUUUGUCUUGUGUGUUUGAUUGAUAAAAGCAUUCUGAAAUUA